AUGAAUGUGAUGUCCUCGUCACAGCUUCCCCUCAACAGCCCCGAAACCGAAACCAAACGUCAACAAGUCAAGGGCUACCAUUACCUACAGGAGGCCUGGAUCGUGUUUCAGCCGCCCGACUUCAACUUCCUUCUCUUUCAUGGAUUCCUUUCUGGCCGCUUCUUGACAAAACCAACUUCCCGCUAUCGUCCACGUCGUUUUGUCGACAGCACGAGCAAACGGAGCAAACCCCGCAACAUCCCCAAGCCCGAGCACCUCUACGGCUUACCCCACCGAGUCCACCUCCAGUAUAAGUGCGAUAUCCUGAUACGUCACUCCACCGCGACGUCCGGAAUCGAGUCGAACACCCUCACGUCCGACCUUCUCUUUUCAACUCCCCAAAGAGCAGCUAUCUGCUGGCAGCUUCACGCAAAGCUACUCUGGCACGAGUAUAGCGUGUCCCUCAUCACACAAGCGUUCUAUGCGCUUGUUUUCCUCACGCGCUAUACGGAUCUCUUCGAGGAAAACUGGUGGUGGGGAUUUUUGCAAUGGUGGAAUUUCCUCUUCAAAAUCUUCUACCUCUCCUCGUCGCUCUAUACCAUUGCGGCCAUGCAGUUCUUCUUCCCCAGGACCCGCGAGCGAGAGAAGGCAUGGAGGUUCGGCGCCGUGAUCUUGGGGGGUAGCUUGCUCCUAUCUCCUUUCGUGAUGAUAAUGAAGAAGAAGGAGUAUUGGGGUUUUCAGGAGUGGCUCUGGGUAUUCUCCCAAGUCCUCGAAUCCGUCUGCGUACUCCCCCAACUCCUUCUCCUCCGACAGACCACCGUUCCGACCGUCAUCACUUCGUUAUACAUAGUAUUCCUCGGUUCCUACCGUGCCCUCUACAUUCUCAACUGGAUCGCCCGAGCGCUCGACAUCAACGGCCGCAAGCCCGACGGCAUUUCCAUCGUGUUUGGCAUCAUCCAGACGGCCCUAUACGCCGACUUUGCCUGGGUCUACUGGACACGUCAGCGUGUCAAGCUGCGUAACGGCGGUGUCGUCGACUCCGAAGACCUGCGGCGCGGAUGGCUCCUUACCCAUAUCUUUGGCAACAAGCGCAUUGCUGGGGGCCACAGCACUGAUGACGACGAGGAGAGCGCCCCUGCUCUGGGAGGAGGACGCGGGGGCAACGGCAUUGGCAUUAGCAACGGAAACGGCAGUGGCUCGGCACCGAGAUCCAAGUGGGGUGCUCGCGGUAUCUCGGUUAGCGCUGAUGACGGCGUGUUUGACCAUGAAGAGGACCAUGGAGUGACGGAGUCGCUGGAUCCAGACGCCAAGAUGCACGAUCCGGAUGACUUGGCGAGGGCCUUGGACGACGACGAUGAUGGGUCGCCGUCGCGGGCCGAAGGUUCGGCCUCUUUGCUCGGUGGAUCGAGCGACAAUUACAAGAACAACAACAACAACAACAACAACAACAAUAACGACAGGAGGGAUCAUGACAACGCUUGGGCUGAUGACUGA